AUAGAAGCUUGCAGUGCACAGUCGCUUCUUUCCAGGAGGCAGAGAGCAAUGCUCAGUCUACUGACAGGAGAGCCAGCAGACCGACAAGAAGUCAGGACAUAUUCUCAUAGCAGAAACAGACGGUAACACCAGCAGUGGGUUUUCUGAAGCCCACUUUUGCUCUCCUGGGUGUGAUUGCUCCUGAAUGCACAUUCAAACUAUUCUACUGCUCCCACCAAAGAUCUGCAGAUGCACUCAAAUCCAAGCUUAUUAUUCAACCCUGCCUCUGUCUCAAGACUCCCACAAAAGCUGUACCCGCGGGAAGAGGAUACACAUGUUUUAUUGACAGAGCUACAGGUGGUUUGAGUUUGAGCUGUUGGGUUUUUUCCUGUGUGGUAAGCUGAGGCGUCUUUAGAGCCAGUAUGUUGCCUAUUGUUGUGGCAUGUUUGGUAUUCUUCCUGUUGGGCUCGGGUCAGGCUCAGGCUCAGGUUGCCACACAGACUCAGGGGGAGAGCCAGAGUCGUGGCCAGGGGCAGGACAGCUCUGCCAACCCUUGGAGGCAGAUGAUUCAGUGGGAGAACAAUGGACGACUGUUUAGCCUGCUGAACAGUGGAACUGAAUACGUACCCGCAGGGGCCCAGGAAAGAGGUCCCAGGGUGGUUGUGGCAGACACUCAGCCACGCUCUUCACGUAGACCUCAGGGAGGCAAUGUCCGCCGACAAGCUCCAUCAAGAGGGUCCUCUGAGACUGUCCGUGGCCAGGCAAGGCAUCCUUUUGGCUUUGGACAAGUUCCUGAUAACUGGAGACAAACUGCAGGCAGCACAGGGGGCGGCCAGUUCCAAGGAUCCACUGGCACUCGCCUCAGGCCAUCCACAGGCUCUUCAUCGUCAUCAUCAUCAUCAUCCUUUUCUUCAUCUUCUUUUAUACCAUCCUACCCACAAAACCCAUUUCCUCAACAACCUCCUUUCCAACAAGUACCUUAUGAUCCUAGUUUUGUAGAAGGGCCAGUCAGGAGCUACGAGCCACCUUUUCAGCCUGUUGCCGGUGGAGGAUUUGGUGGGGGAGCAUAUGUCGGUGGAGCAUAUGGUACUGGACCGGGGUACACUCAAGAAGGGUAUGGUACUGGACCCGGGUACACUGGAGGAGGGUAUGGUACUGGACCCGGGUACACUGGAGGAGGGUAUGGUACUGGACCCGGUUACACUGGAGGAGGGUAUGGUGGUGGUCAGCCCCAAGUGUUCCCAGGCUCUCCUUCUGAUGUUUCUGAAGAUGGCUACCGCUACUACCAGCCUUAUGGCUAUGGGCCAAAUCCUGUGGUGCCUGCCCGUGCAGCCCAACCUGCCCGUGCAGCCCAACCUGCCCAACCACCGUUUGCAGAUGGUCUGGACCACAGAUACUCCCACAGUAUCUUCAAUGCGGAGACUGGUCAGGCUGUACCUGCUGUACCUGCCCCUGAAUUCAACCAGGCAUUUCCUGUGAUAGUGGACAGGACAGGAGCAGCUGGUCAACCACAAAUCAGGAGCCCUCAGUAUGAGCAGCUUCCUCCAUUUGGAAGACCCCAGCCUCCUGUGGCGCAGCCCAUUCCUCAAGCCAGAAGUUCUCCAAACUCCGGCAUCGAGAACCCCAACGUAAAUGUCGGGAGUGUGUACCGGCCAGAACAGAGAGGUUUGCCUGACCUUGUUCCUGAUCCAAACUAUGUCCAGGCUUCCACAUACAUCCAGAGAGCCCACAUGUAUUCUCUCCGCUGUGCUGCUGAAGAAAAAUGUCUUUCAAGCUCCGCCUAUGGGCCUGAGGUCACCGACUACGAUGUAAGGGUCCUGCUGCGAUUCCCACAGAGGGUGAAGAACAAGGGGACUGCCGACUUCAUGCCUAACAGGCCACGUCAUACCUGGGAGUGGCAUAGCUGUCAUCAGCACUUCCACAGUAUGGACGAGUUCAGCCACUACGAUCUACUGGAGGUCAGUACAGGACGGAAAGUGGCGGAGGGACACAAGGCCAGUUUCUGUCUGGAGGACACCACCUGUGACUUUGGUCACCUGAAGCGCUAUGCCUGCACCACUCACACUCAGGGUCUGAGCCCGGGCUGCUACGAUACAUACAACGCUGAUAUUGACUGCCAGUGGAUCGAUAUCACGGAUAUCCAGCCUGGAAACUACAUACUAAAGCUCACAGUUAAUCCCAAGUUUUUGGUGCUGGAAUCAGACUUCACCAACAAUGUGGUCAGGUGUAAUAUAAACUACACAGGACGGUUUGUUAGAGCAUCCAACUGCAAGAUAGCACAGUAA